AUGGGCGAGCGCAAGCCGACGAACAAGUACUACCCGCCGGACUUCGACCCGUCGAAGCUCCCUUCGCGGCGUCCACCGAAGAACCAGCAGGCGACGGUGCGCAUGAUGCUCCCCAUGCGCGUCCGCUGCGCCACCUGCGGCGAGCACCUCGCCCCGGGCACCAAGUUCAACUCCCGGAAGGAGGACGUCCCCGGCGAGAGGUACCUGGGCGCCAUCCCGGUCUACAGGUUCUACAUCCGGUGCACGCGGUGCUCCGCGGAGAUCGCGUUCAAGACGGACCCCAAGAACUCGGGCUACGUGGUCGAGUCGGGCGGCUUCGAGACGCGGCGCGGCGCCGCCGUUGAGGACAACGAGGCGGCGGCGAUGGGGAGGCGAGAGGACUGCGAGGACGCUAUGAGCGCACUGGAGAGCCGGGCCCGCGACGGCGUGUGCGAGAUGGCCGUGGACGCGGCGCAGGAGGAGAUGCGGUCGCUCAGGUCCAGGCACGCCCGGGCAUCGCAGGAGCAGCUGCUUGAGUCGCUGAGCCACCACCGUGUUGCUGAAGACCGUAAGACCUCGCAAGAGCUGGCGGAGGAGGACGAGAAACUGAUCAGCUCUACCAAGUUCCACUGCUCGAAGGACUUCGUUUUUCGGAUCCAGGAAGACGAGGAGGAGGAUGAGGAAGAGGAGGAUUUCUUUGAGGAGUUAAUGGCCAGACUCGCGACCCCGGAGGCCGAUUGCCCAGAACAUAAGAAACAGCGAAAAGCCGCCCCGGCUGUUUCGUCGGAAGGAUUCACGGGCACGACUAUGGAAGCCAAGGGCAAGUCGAAUAUCCACAGGGAUAAUAAUGCUCUUCGGUUGCUGGGCUGCAGCUACGAAGACGACAGCGACUAGUAGGACGAUUCAUGAACAUUCAGUUUUCAAAUGUAAAGUAGAGCUGUGUUGUGUAACUGAAAGUACUCC